AUACCUUAUUGGCUACUGUUUCUGCUGCUUGCAGGAGUCAUGCGCAGAGCUGAAGGGAGGAGUAAACAGCAGUGAGUCACAGCUAACAGGCUAGAGGCUACUGUGCUUAAAGAAAAUGGAUAUGAGUACCAGCGAGUGCUUUGGAUGUGGCCGCUCUGGACACUGGAUCAAAAACUGUCCUAAUGCUGGUCGUGGUCGCGGCAGAGGCAGGGGACGAGGAAAGGAACUCUUCUGUUACCGGUGUGGAGAGCAGGGCCACAUUGCAAGGGAUUGCGAACAGACUGAGGACGCAUGCUACAAUUGCCAUAGGAGUGGACAUAUUUCCAGAGACUGUAAAGAACCCAAAAAGGAAAGGGAGCAAUGCUGCUACAACUGUGGCAAAGCCGGCCAUGUGGCGCGAGACUGUGACCAUGCCAAUGAGCAGAAGUGUUACUCAUGCGGGGGCUUCGGACACAUCCAGAAGUUAUGUGACAAAGUCAAGUGUUACCGGUGUGGUGAGAUUGGGCAUGUGGCAGUGCAGUGCAGCAAAGCGACCGAGGUGAACUGCUACAACUGUGGCAAGACCGGUCAUCUGGCUAGAGAAUGCACCAUUGAGGCGUCCGCAUAACCGUUUCCUCUGUUGCCCCUCCUUUCCGGAUUGAUGGUAGUUUCCUUUCUCUAAACCCUCUUCAUUGGCCAAAGGCUGGCAUACAGAGGCUUUUCCCAGGCCGGUGGGCUGCUUUGAAUUUUGUUUUUCCUUAUUAAUAAAGGGGUAAAAAAUCAUAAUGCAUUCAAAACAAAAAAGUUUUAUUUAGGUUGAGGUGUAAUGUAUAAUGCUUUGUCGAAGGACCCCUUCCAAGCCGCUGGUGAAAAGAUCCUAUACUGGGAUGUCACGUGCCACGCGAGACCUGAGCUCACAGCUGUGAAUCUCAGAUAAAAUGUAAUCGAUGUAAGAGGGAAUUUUGGUGUUGUUUAACUUUCUGUUAUGAGGAGAAAAUUGUAAGAUGACUUAAGGGUGUGUGAAGGACCCUCUUAAGCAUUAAUAUCACCAGAAUUCUGGUGCUCACAAGCAGUUCACAGAAAAGUGUGUGGAAAUAACGAAAUGUUAUAACGCUAUUCUAGAUUAAUUUGAAUUUGAGAACCUUUGUUUUGCCUUAAAUUCUUUUUUUUCCAUUUUAUAUUGUUAGACUUUUUUUUAGAAAAAGUCAGGCUUGCAAAGUUCAGUAAACAUUGCUUGGUAAUGUUAGAGUAAUUUUAGUCCUUUCUACCCUAAAUUAUCAGAAUAAUAGAAAGAGAUGUGGAUUUAGCAACAAUUUGCAAAAAGAAUGUUUUCACAGAAAUAUUAUUUUUGUACAAUUUCACUUGGACUACUGUAAAAAUAUCAUUUGCUUGUACUCGGUUUUUAAGUCAGAAGGAAAAUGCAAUGUAAGUCCUUGAACAUAGAAAUGUAAUUUUAAACUAUCAAUAAAGCUGGAGGAGGAAGGGGAGUCUGUCUGCAUUUAC